UGGUACUCCAUCCAGGUCUUCUCAAAGUCUCGAGUCUCAACAGUACAACUCCGCUAGAAAUCCAGUCGUUCGUUCCCAUCACAAAGCUAUUUUGAAAAACACAGAUUCAUUCACACACUUCAAACCAAUACCAGUGAUUCUCUUUCUGAGAAGGGUUUGUUGGGAUGGGAAAUUGUUCAUCGACCCCAGGGAGAUUUCUGGGGAUGUUUUGUGGGAAGAACCAGACAAAGUCCAUAGAGAACAACGGUGGGGGAAGGAAGAGGAUCAAAGGAAAAGUGGUUUUGAUGAAGAAGAGUAUCCUGGACAUGAAUGAUUUGGGGGCCUCUUUUCUUGAUCGACUCCAUGAGUUCUUUGGCAAGGGUGUUUCGCUACAGCUUGUCAGUGCUGAUCACGCCGACCCAGCUAAUGGAAAGCGAGGGAAGCUUGGAAAACCAGCGUACCUCGAAAAAUGGAUCACAACAAUCACCUCAGUGACAGCCGCUGCCGAUGCCUCAUUCAACGUUACGUUUGACUGGGACGAGUCCGUGGGCCUUCCGGCCGCCAUCUUGAUCAGAAACCACCACCACAGCCAGCUCUACCUCAAGACGGUGAUCUUAGACGAUGUUCCAGGGCAAGGUCAACUCCAUUUCAUUUGCAAUUCCUGGGUUUACCCUGCACAUCGGUACAAAAAUGAUCGCGUGUUCUUUGUUAACAAGACCUACCUACCAUGCAAUACACCAGAACCGCUACGCCAUUAUAGGGAGCAAGAACUCUCUAAUCUUAGUGGAAACGGAUCAGGCAUGCUUAAGGAGUGGGACAGAGUCUACGACUAUGCAUAUUACAAUGACUUGGGAAUGCCAAACAAGGGCCAAGAUUAUGCGCGCCCGGUGCUUGGCGGAUCUCAGGAGUAUCCGUAUCCCCGAAGAGUUAGAACCGGCAGGGCACCAACAAAAGCUGAUCCUAAAACUGAAAGCAGAUUGCCACUCCUAAGUUUAGACAUCUAUGUUCCAAGAGACGAACGCUUCAGUCAUGUCAAAAUGUCAGAUUUUCUUGCCUAUGCACUUAAGUCCAUUGGACAGGUACUGCUGCCAGAAAUUGCGUCUUUAUUCGACAAGACAAUUAACGAGUUUGACACUUUUCAAGAUGUACUGAACCUAUAUGACGGGGGGAUUAAACUGCCAAAUGGGGUGGUCCCACAAAGAAAAAUUAGGGACUGCAUCCCCUGGGAGAUGCUAAAGGAGCUCAUCCGCUCUGACGGUGAGCGGCACCUCAAAUUUCCAAUGCCAGAUGUAAUCAGAGCGGAUAAGUCUGCAUGGAGGAAAGAUGAAGAAUUUGCACGAGAAAUGCUUGCUGGGGUGAACCCUGUUCUCAUCCGUCGACUCCAGGAGUUUCCACCUGCUAGCAAGCUAGACCCUGAAGUCUAUGGUAAUCAAACCAGUUCAAUCACUAGAGAGCAAAUUGAGAAGAACAUGAAUGGGCUAACCGUAAACGAAGCAAUUGAGAACAACAGGAUGUUCAUAUUGGAUCACCAUGAUGCGCUAAUGCCAUACCUGAAACGGAUAAACACGACCUCCACAAAGACAUAUGCCAGCAGAACACUUCUGUUAUUGCAAGAUGAUGGAACACUGAAGCCAUUAGCAAUCGAGUUAAGCCUACCGCAUCAACAAGGGGACACACAUGGUGCCACCAACCAAGUCUUCACUCCAGCAGAACUUGGCAUUGAGGGUUCUGUUUGGCAGCUGGCCAAAGCUUAUGCUUCUAUCAAUGAUUCGGGCUACCAUCAGCUCAUUAGCCACUGGUUGAACACACAUGCAAUAAUAGAGCCAUUUGUUAUUGCAACGAACAGACAAUUGAGCGUCCUUCACCCAAUACAUAAGCUCUUGCAUCCCCACUUCCGCGAUACUUUGUAUAUAAAUGCCUUGGCGCGACAGAUCCUCAUCAAUGCUGGUGGAGUGCUCGAGAUAACAGUCUUUCCCGGUAAGUACGCGAUGGAAAUGUCUUCUGUCCUUUACAAGGACUGGAAAUUCACUGAGCAGGCGCUUCCAGCUGAUCUCCUUAAAAGAGGAGUGGCAGUUCAAGACUCAAGCCAUCCCCAUGGCCUCAAACUUCUCAUAGAGGAUUACCCCUUCGCUGUUGAUGGACUUGAAAUCUGGUCAGCUAUCGAAACUUGGGUUAGCGAAUAUUGCUCUAUCUACUACCCCACAAAUGCGUCAGUCCUAGGUGAUUCUGAACUCCAAUCGUGGUGGACAGAGGUCCGAAAUGAAGGUCAUGGCGACAAGAAAGAUGAGCCAUGGUGGCCAAAGAUGGAAACAAAAGCUGAACUCAUCCAAACAUGCACCAUUAUCAUAUGGGUGGCUUCUGCCCUCCAUGCGGCCGUCAAUUUUGGGCAAUACCCUUAUGCUGGUUAUCUCCCUAAUCGCCCAACGAUAAGCCGCCGGUUCAUGCCUGAGCCUGGGACUCCUGAAUAUGCUGAGCUUGAGUCAAAUCCUGACUUAGCCUUCUUGAAAACAAUAACAGCUCAGUUCCAAACCCUACUUGGGGUGUCCCUUAUAGAGAUUUUGUCGCGGCAUGCUUCUGAUGAGAUCUAUCUUGGACAAAGAGAUACUCCGGAGUGGACUACAGAUGCACAACCACUAGAAGCGUUUGAUAGAUUUGGGAAGAAGUUGGUUGAAAUAGAAGAGAGAAUAUUGGAGAGGAAUGAGGAUAAGAGGUAUAAGAACCGGUUUGGGCCUGUCAAAGUACCUUACACCUUGCUCUAUCCUGGCAAAUCAGAUCCCAUGGGAGCCAGUGGACUUUCUGGCAUGGGAAUUCCCAACAGUGUCUCAAUCUAGACUGGUAAAACAACUGGUAUUAUAAGUGUUUUUGUAGCUAAGCAUUAUGUUAGUGUGGCAGACAACUCGAGCCUAUUAUAUUGGUUUGUGUAUUUUUUGAAUUUUCCCCCUGUUUUGGAGGCAAGAAUGUAUGCAUAUUAUCAAAAAAGGUCCUGAUGUAUACAAUGCUAUUGAUAAAUCUUCAGGAUUUUUUCAGUGUAUAUAUGAAAGAAAGUUGUUGCAAAA